GCGCGCAUAGAAAGACAAGACUACUCUACUACUUCUACUCGGCUCUGCAAAAUAUCUCCCACCUUCGUCUGUAGUAGUACUCCUACUUGGCUCUGGAAAAUAUCUCCCACCUUCUUCUGCAUCAGCAGCGGCAUCUCUAUUUCCAUCCUACGAGCGCGUCGUGUACAGAGUGAGCGAGGCAUGUUUGAUGGGGUGGAUCGCGGCGCCCUCGUGACGGUCAAGCGGAUGAGGCUGUGCGCCAUGGAGGAGGACGAGGAGGAGGUGGGGAUGGAGGUGGACGGGGAAGAGGAGGAGGAGGGGACCGGUGGGUGGGCCUGGGGAGCGCCGGGGCUGGGGAUGGCAGGCCAGCCUGGAGAGCAGAGGGCGGCGGCGAUCGUGGUGGCGGACGCGGUGGAGCCGGACUUCCCCGUCAUCUACGUCAACGCCGCCUUCGAGGCCGCUACGGGGUACCGCGCGCACGAGGUCCUCGGCCGGAACUGCCGAUUCCUACAAUUUCGGGAGCCACGUGCCCAAAGACGGCAUCCCCUUGUCGAUCCAAUGGUUGUUUCAGAGAUGCGACGAUGCCUCAGUGAUGGAAUUGAAUUCCAAGGUGAACUACUGAAUUUUCGGAAAAAUGGAGCUCCAGUAAACAACCGAUUGAGGCUGAUUCCAAUGCAUGGGGAUGAUGGAGCUUUUACACACAUAAUUGCGAUCCAGUUGUUCUCUGAUGCUAACAUCGAUCCCAGCAACAUAUCUUACCCAAUAUAUAAACCACAGUCCAGCCACAGGCUCAGCAUACAAGAUAUGAAUCGAGCUUCUCAUGAAACUAGUCCUAAAGUCCAAUGUUCAGAAUACUGCGCUAUCUUCCAACUCUCGGAUGAAGUUCUAGCUCAUAACAUUUUAUCUCGCCUGUCACCAAGAGAUGUAGCUUCAGUUGGAUCAGUCUGCACUAGAAUGCAUCUGCUGACCAAGAAUGAUCUUCUGAGAAAAAUGGUUUGCCAAAAUGCAUGGGGAAGAGAUGUCACUGGCAGGCUUGAGAUGAGCACGAAGAUGUUAGGAUGGGGUCGUCUUGCAAGAGAGCUAACAACUCUCGAGGCAGCCUCUUGGAGGAAGUUCACAGUUGGAGGACGCGUUGAGCCAUCCCGAUGCAAUUUUAGUGCCUGUGCUGUGGGCAACCGCCUCGUCCUUUUUGGCGGGGAGGGGGUCAACAUGCAGCCUAUGAGUGACACCUUUGUGCUUAACCUUGAUGCUCCAAAGCCAGAAUGGUGCCGUGUCAAGGUUUCUGCCUCACCACCUGGCCGCUGGGGACAUACUCUCUCAUGGCUAAAUGGCUCAUGGCUGGUAGUAUUUGGAGGUUGCGGGCAGCAAGGUUUGCUUAAUGAUGUCUUCGUCCUUGAUCUUGAUGCUCAGACUCCCGCUUGGAGGGAGAUUGCUAGCGACGGUCCGCCACUGCCACGGUCUUGGCAUAGUUCAUGCACCCUGGACGGUUCUAAACUUGUUGUGUCAGGGGGGUGUGCCGAGUCCGGUGUGCUCCUAAGCGACACAUUCCUGCUUGACUUGACGAAGGAGAAGCCAGCAUGGAAGGAGAUCCCGACAUCCUGGUCAUCCCGCCUUGGCCAUACCUUGUCUGUUUAUGGUAAGACUAAAAUAUUUAUGUUUGGUGGAUUGGCAAAGAGUGGCUCGCUCCGACUGCGCUCCAGUGAUGCCUACAUAAUGGAUGUUGGUGAAGAGAAUCCACAAUGGAGGCAGUUGGCAACAACUGUGUUUCCAAGCGGUUGUCCACCACCAAGGCUUGAUCAUGUCACCGUGAGCCUGCCCUGUGGAAGGAUCAUCAUAUUUGGCGGCUCAAUCGCUGGGCUGCACUCACCCGCUGAGCUCUUCUUGCUUGAUCCGGCUGAGGAAAAACCGACAUGGAGAAUCCUGAACGUCCCGGGGCAGCCACCCAAGUUCGCUUGGGGACACAGCACCUGCGUGGUUGGUGGCACUAGGGUCUUGGUUCUUGGUGGACACAGCGGAGAGGAGUGGAUCCUGAAUGAGCUCCACGAGCUCUGCCUCGCAAGCAGGCCCGACGAAGAUGGAUGAUUAUGUCGACGUCCCAUGUAGAGUUAUCAUGAUUUAGACCUUACCUUCAUUUCAUCUCCCUCUCAGCUUUUCUUACAAAAAUGAGUGCAAAAGAAUCUAAAAGGAGUUUGUGGACGAGAGUUUUAGUAUACCUUGUUGUUCUCAUAUGAUACGGCCAUAUCUUAGAUAAGGCUGGAAAUCCCUAUACUACAGUUAGUUUGUUGGUUGUAAA